AUGCAAAGUCUUAACGAACCACCACACGCGUCAACAGUCGACGACACUGAACAUUCCCCUCUUCUUGCGACUCAACCAUCAGGUCUUCAAUAUAAUCCACCUCAAUUGAAUAUACCAACUGCUCCUCAAGUGGAUAACGGACUGGUUUAUAACCCUCCUCAACAACCAAUGCAACAACAACAGUUCCAACAACAAACACAACCUAUCACACCUCAACAACCUUCAGUUCCUCCUUUCCAACAACCACCACAACAACCUUCAGCACCCGAUGUGAUUUAUAACGAACCACCACAAUAUAACGGCGCAGUAAUUGGAACUACUCUCACCGAGUCAUACCAAUCAAAUCCAAUUCAAUACCAACAACCAACACAAACCACCCCUAUUAUUAACCAACAACAAACAUACCCAAGCCAACAGUUGCCUGCUAUCUCGUAUACCCCUUGCCAAGUAUUCUGCUCACAUUGUAAUAGACUUGUGAUUAGUCAUGUCGACUAUGGAAAUGGAACUUUGGUCUGGAUCAUCUGCUGUGUGUUGUGCAUCAUUGGAUUACCUUGCUGCGCUUGCAUCCCUUGCUGCAUCACUGAUAUGAAGGACGCAUAUCACAAAUGUCCAAACUGCAAAAACUUGUUUAAUCAGAAUGAUUAUCAUCGUCACGUUGGAUCGAAAGCAAGAACUGCAAUCUUAACAACACUUAGACAAAUGCCUCAAAACAUCAUAUUACCAGAGCCUGGUAGAACACCAGGAUAA